AUCUCUUGGUUUUGUUACAGAUAUGGCUGAGUUCGCCGUUAAGAAAAUCUCUCCGAAGCUCGGAGGAGAAAGAGGAACUCGAAACCCUAACGGCCCAACUUCUUCACAUGACCUCGUCGAGCCAAUGGAGUUUCUUUACGUAGAAGUAAUCAAAACCAUCAACAAAUCUGUCCUAAACCCUAUCACCCACGCAUGUAAACCUAUCGUUGAGAUCACUCUCGGCAACUACCAAUCCUCUACCAGAGAUCUACCAAUGGGACCAAGCGGGGCCUGGAACCAAGUCUUUGCUUUCGACAAAUCUACAGCUGAUGUCUUGUCCGUUGCCCUAAAAGACGGUCAGUUUCCUAACAAUACUUUGAUCGGCAAGCAAAACUUCAAGGUGGCUGCGGAUAUUCCGUCUAGGGUUCCUCCCGAUGCAAGAAUGGCUCCUCAGUGGUACCCUAUACCGAGCACUGUGGAAGGUUACCACAUGGAGUUGCUGAUGUCGGUUUGGUUCGGUACACAAGCCGAUGAGGUUUACUCAAACGCUUGGUUUGCCGACGCGUCUACUGUGAGUGCUAGUCGCGAGAAAAACACGCGACCUAAGCUAUACCUAGCUCCAAGGCUCUGUUACGUUAGGGUUACGAUUGUUUCAGGUCAUGAUUUGAUUGCCAACGAUCGAGACCGAACACCUAACGUUUACGUGUCGGCAACUCUAGAUCAAGUCCGUUUAAAAACCAAGCCAAUCGAAAGCAAGAACCCGUCGUGGAACCAAGAUCUCAUCUUUGUAGCAUCAGAGUCGUUAGACGGAACGGUCAAAAUACAACUAUGGGAUCUCAACAAAGACCCACACGAUCAAUGCAUAGGAACAUUAGAAACGAAGCUGUCAGAGAUGACUGCGGUUAAAGUUCCAGGAGCCGCGUCGACACUGUUCUACGACAUUAAACCGGGUGGUAAGAUCCAACCGGAAGGCGACACGAGGCGGUUCGCCGGCAGACUCAAGAUGAAGCUAGCCACUGAUCAGUCCUACCACGUCUUUGAUGAAUGCACCCAAUACUGUAGUGACUACCGAGCUUUCGCAAAAGGGUUAUGGCCCGGUACGUUAGGGAAGCUAGAGGUUGGUAUUCUUGGUGCAACCGGUUUACCUCGCGCGAAAAACGCCUUAAAGGACAGGAACGCUUAUGUUGUGGCCAAGUAUGGUAAUAAAUGGGCCAGGACUCGAACCGUGGUCAAUAACAAGUCGCCUAAGUGGAACGAGCAGUAUUCUUGGGACAUAUACGAGAAGUGCACUGUCUUAACGCUUGGAGUCUACGACAACCAACAGAUCUUUAGUAUCGAUAAAGAAAACGAUGCUCCGGUCGGGAAAGUGAGGAUCCCAUUGAGUUUACUUCAAUGGAACAGGAUCUACACUGGUUCUUAUCCGAUCUUGGUGUUAGGUAAAGAAGGGUUAAAGACAACAGGUGAGAUUCAGCUAGCGGUUCGCUGCGCUUGUCCACCGCCAACGUUAACGUUCUUUCCACCUUCCUACGCGUUUGCUACGGCUCCUUUCCGUUUGCUGCUACCCAAGUCUCACUACAAGUCUCCAAUAUCGUUGCCUCAGAUCGACCGUCUGCGAGAGUUAGCUGUCGGUGUGAACUGUCAGAACCUGGCGAGAACUGAGCCGCCAUUGAGAAACGAAGUCGUAAAGGAUAUGUUGUCGCCGAAGAACAAUAACUUCAGUAUGAGAAAAACCAAAGCCAAUGUCGACAGGCUUUAUGACUUCUUUACGUGGCUGUCAAGCAAGUAUGGUCGGUUAGAUGCAGAGGUCAGGUCCACGACAGAUAACACUCCGAAGUGGAUCACGUUUGCUGUCUGUUUUUGUGUUCUUUGGUUGCUGCCGCCGUUAACGCUGUGGUUGGUGGUUUAUCUAUAUCCGUAUUGCCUCGUGUCAUUCAGUGUUUACGUAAUGAUCAAGGUCUUGGUGGAAUAUUACAAGACGAGGAAUGGUACUGGUCCUCCUCCUCCUUUGGUUCUCUUCGACGUGAAGCUCUCGAGGCUCGAGAAACUCGACGACACGCAGGCGCUUGACGAGAUAGCCGAGGAGUUCGACGCGACGUCGGCUGUCGACCCGCAGGUUCUCAAGAUGAGGUACGAUAGGUUGAAAGCUAGUGGUGCGGAGGUGAUGGUGUUUUCGGGGGAAGCUGCGUCACAGUUCGAAAGGUUUCACGCGCUUUGGAUGUUAUGUACGAGCAAUAAAGUCGUGUUGAUUUGCGUCCUGGCCCUGCUUUACCCGGUCUUGCUCGUCUAUUACUAUUUUUCGUUGGAGUCUCUGGUUAAGGCUUUCAUUACCGUCUUUGUUUUUAAAUGGGUUAACUUCACGUUUAAUCGGUUGGAUCUGCCCUCUGCCUUCAAGAACUUCUUCAGAAGAUUGCCUAACAAAGAACACCUCAUGAUGUGACCCCUCCCUUGUCAAAGAUUUUGUUUUGUUUUUUUUUCUGUUUUGCUUUUGCUUUUGUAUUGACGGUUUCUAGGUCGAUGGGUUUUUUUCUUAUUCAUGUAUUAGGCAUUGGUGUUUGAAGCCUUAUUAGUAAUAACUAAUUUAUAUGAUUGAAAAUAUAUUCUACACAUUAUAUGAUAAACUGAUUUAUAUAGGAGAAAAGGUCAUAUUACUAAUAAGACGUCAAGCCAUUAUGGCAAACUCUCUCAAUCUAUAGAAUAUAUUUGAUUACUGUUUAGAUGUUUGUCUUUGAAGUGUUGUACUUCAUUUUCUGAUCAUAUCCUCUGGUUUUAGACCCUGUAAUUGCUGAGAGUUCGAGUGGUCAGCUGAAAGUUCCAAGGGAGGGAAGGAACCAACCAUAGAGAGAAUGGAUGCUGCAAUCAUACAUUGUUUUAUCUUAUUUUACAGAUUUACAGCUUUUUCGUUUCCUUGUCUGUGACUUCAGUACUAGCUGUGAUGGUAGACGGCGUUUAUUAACUCAAAAAUAUGUUAGGAAUUGACGUUAGUUAAUGUACUAGAACUCUGCAGUAACUAAAAAGAUGGAAAUCAUCUAUCAGGACUGCUGUAGAUAGUAAAGCCCAAUAAACUAUCAAAAAAGUUGCAAGGCAAAAUAAUUGCACCAGCCGGGAAUCGAACCCGGGUCUGUACCGUGGCAGGGUACUAUUCUACCACUAGACCACUGGUGCUUAUUGAUAACGAAGGAAAAUUAAAAUGUACUUGUGACCCAGCUUUCUUGCAAGUUUAUAUAUAUCAUCGUCUUCAUCACACAUCAGCUUUGAAUCGAAUUUGAUCUCCCGGAGAGAUGAGGAAAGAGGGGGAUCAAGAUAAAAGCUAGAGCCUUUCCUAAAUGGGUCUGCAAGAAAUUUCACCACUCACUAGUUACCAUCGUCGGCGUCGAUUCCUACGCCGGCAAGUUCUUCACUGAUUCCCCUUCUUCCUCUCGUUUUUUUCAGAAUCAGACAGACUUGUGUCGUGUAAUGAAUUUGUAGAUACAUUUGCCUUCUUGUCCGAGUGACAUCGUGCUAUUAAAAAAAAUGAAUUGUACUUGUUACAUCCAGCAGCAAUGCAAUACAAGGCUCUUCAAUCCAUGGAACCAACAGUGUUCUUGGCUCAACACACGCAUGGACAACUCUUUUGUUGUUUUACCUACACACAAGCCUCAACCUCAAGCCAUUCCUCCUCGUGGGUCUUCUGGGAAGGCAAUGCAAGAAUUUUGGCAAAGAUUGAAGUUUCACAAGCACAUUUAGAGUUACUAAACAAAACAAAUGUACUGAUUGAUGAUGCCUUCAUGAUGGAGAUUUUGGUACGGUUAAAAAAUUUCGACUCCCUAAAGUAGCGGUAAGAGCUUUGCAACCUUCUUUGUACGUGACCUCUUCCUGUUCAUAUAAAGUCUAAAACAUUAUUAGGUUGAGUGGGAUGAGAUAAAUGCUGCUGCUUGGGGGUCAAGCCUGUCUUCUCCUUCACACUAUGUGCAAGUGCAACUAACUAUUUCCGGCCAAAUUUUCAGUAUCCUUAUUGUUUUUUUUUUUUGUUUCCUGUGUUUGAUACUGUUUACGUACUGUUUAUGAAGUUUAUCCUUAACCAUCAACGCUUUCUAAGAUGUGGAGUCAAAAAUACAGCCUAUGGAGAGUUAUCCUAGAAUUGUGGAAAGCAGUACCAACAGCCUUAUGAACUGUAAGUAGCUCACAGUGUGCAUAUUCUAGUAUUUGCUUUCUUCUGCAUUGUGUGAUGAUCAGACUCCCUUCCCAUUCAAGUACAAGUCCACUCCACAGUCCACACUCUCCCGUUACCAUCAUCUUUAUCAUCUCCAUGUAAAAUCUCACGUAUAUAUCUUUUGUUUUGCAAAUCGAAAAUGACAUAUUCAAUAACGCAGAGCUUCAACAAGCCAGAGAAUUGGACCAAAGCACUCAAGUAUACUCUUCUUUGCAACCUGAAAUGGGCUCUCUAUUGGUU